AUGUCAAAGACUGAACCAGUUCACAAAAAAGUCAUGUUGGCUGCCAUCACAUUUAAGGUGGCUACAUCCUUAGAGCCAUGUGCUGUCACAUUAGAGCAGCCGCACAUGGGAGACAAAUCAACCAGGGAACUCAGAAAGAUGAACAAAACAGCUGGAUCAGUUGGCAUGUAUGGCCAGCUGGAGCGUUGGGCAGUUGAGGCAGUGGGGAGUAGCUAA